CGCAAUUGAUACAGUGCAGUACUUAUCGACGUUAUCGUUACUGAUACAUACGGUACACGACAUGUACAAUAAUAUUUCAAAAGUAAAUCGCUUAAUUCGGCUUACAUUUCACAGUCAGCCCAGUUUGUUGGCUCCUCAAAAAAUAUUUUUAACACAUUUUAGAUGUGGUCACAUUGUGGUGCUUACCAAUUCCAUCAAAAUUGCCGGAUGUUUAUAGUGGAAUUUUUUUGCUAAUGCUAAGAGUAUAGACUAUAGAGUUCACUAACUACAGUAGCUUGCUUGCUAUUUUGUGAAGGAUUUGCGCAAGGGUAUUUCCCCAUCUCGAAAAGUGGAGCUUGAGAGUCGGCACGCAUAAUCGGAAUCUGGCGAUAGCGUUUUCCAGUGGAUUCGUAUUCCAUAGACCAUACGUACUCAAAUUUCGUAUGCUUCCUUAGAAAAAAUUGCUCUUCUGUUGCUGUUGUCUGCUGACAGCCGACGGUUGUAUCUGUGUGGAUUGCGGCUGCCUAACGACCGAAUAUGCGGAUGACAUCUGUUUUACGAAAAGGCGUUCUUCCCGAGUCAUUCAAGAGACAGUGGAACAACAUCGUGCAACGCCGUGUCGAUGCCUAUAACGAUUAUCUCCAAACAAAUUUCCCCAAAAUUUACGAAUUGCAGAAAGCUCUGACGACAGGUGUCAAGCAAAUAUUGAUCGAAGGGAAAGAAUACGGUGGUGCCGUAUAUCAAGCACGCAUUCUGCGGAAGCCAUGGGAAGACCUGUCCUAUCGGCAGAUAUACUUGCGCAAUCAGUAUCCGAGGGAAUUAUGGAAACUGGGACCGGUUUUAGCCAUAAUGGCUCUUCCGUUUUCCACUUUCGCCUUGCUGCCUAUAAUAUAUUUCUUUCCUAAAUAUUUUCUUACUCAUCAUUUUUGGACGGAUGCUCAAAAGAAAGCGUUCGCCGCGUCACAGAUUACAUCACGUUUAAGAGCGGUCCCGCAUCUUGCGCUCGACCUGCAUGCAAGGCUGCCACUAAUAAAGGAUCCUAAUAAUCGCGACGCUUGUGCCAGUUUGUUGAGUAAACUCAAAGAAGGCCGGCUCAUCCAUGAGAGAGACAUUCUGGAUGCACAGGACGAAUUUCAGCGCGGAGUUUUUCGAUACGAUAAGCUGUCUGUGGACCAUCAGACAUCGUUGGCCAAGUUGAACCAUAUUUUUUCAUUGAACGCGACUUACACUGCUCGGAAUAUUGGUCUGGCAGAUUCUUAUCUGGAAAAGCAUCCCGAUUUCCAGUUGAGCAAUCAGGAGGUGCGCGAUGCUGUUCUAACACGGUGCCUUUAUCCUUUUGCUGAUCAGGAGCGCCUCAGGGAUUUUCUCGAUGUUUGGACUUCGACGUCCACUUUAAUCAAAGAGCCGUCGGUAUCUUUGCGCCUUCAUUUGCCAGUGUUUCUUUCAUAUCCUCAUCCUGUGAAUGCUGAAUUUCGUUAGGAUCAGUUACAGUAAACCAAGCAGCCAUUAAUUUCAGAACGGAAUGAUUAUGAAAUGAAUUGAGCAUGUUCAAGUAGAAUAAUUGGAUUGUUCCGAAUUGUUGUGUUUGUUUUAAAUUUAUUACGGUGAACCCAGUCCAAUAUUAGGAGCAAAACUCUGGUUCAGAAACCUUUGUUACAUAAAUACUGGUGAACAGUCAAAGAAAACAGUAAAACGCAAACAGC